AUGGCAGCGCUGGAGAAGGACGCUGCCAGCGCCGUUGCGCUGGCAUCGGCAAAGGCGACGGCAGCUGCGCAAGAGACUGAGUUGUGCAACCGCAUCACAGCACUCGAGUCGCGCCUUAUCAACGCAUCUGCAUCCAAGACACUAGACGAGGACGCGAUUGACGCAAUCGACGUGACCAAGCAGGGACUUGCAAUCGAGACUGUUGAGCUUGAGACGCAUGAAAUGGCACUCCAUGCGCUCCAGAUCAAAGUUGACGCAGCCGAUGCCAAAGCAUCAGCCUUAACCUCACAACUCGCUGCGUUGACAGCACGAGCCGUGGAUGCCGAGGCGAAAGCAGUGUUUCUAUCGGCGGAACUGGCAGCAGCAGUGGCGCGCUCCAUGGACGCGGAAGCCCUGGUGCGCGCGGCCAAGGCUCAACACGAGGCUGUCCAAGUAAUGAGCGAGCGAGAAAUACAAGAAAAGACAAUUGCGCAUCUCGAAGCCCAGCUCGCGCGUGCCGAAGCCAAGAUCGAUGAGCUCAAGCGGGCGACGGCAAACACAACGCAAGUCCAUCGCCUCGCUUCGGAGCGUUUUACAAGCAACAUUGACGGCUUCUUGGAGCGCGUCCUGCACGAUUACGAUUCCCGGCUGAUCCGGUGCAGCGCUAAGGUCGAUGUGCUCCAGAGCCUCCAAGACACGCACGCCGCGCAGUUCCGCGACGCUUCUAGUCUUGUGGGACACAUGCAGGAGGAGCGACUCGCGCAGUACGAGAUACUCUCGUCACUCUACGACCAAGUCACGACGCCAACUCUGUGUCUGCUAGACGUGUCUCCCAACGGCCAGUACCUCCAGACCAUGCUGUUUCAGAGGUUGCGCCAACUUCAUGAGCAUAUGGCCGACCAAGCCGGUGACGACGAGAAGAAGCUGAACUACGCCAAGCUCCUUGUGGCAACAAUGCAUGCUCGGCAGGUCGAGUUUGUUGAGACUUGCAUUAGCUUAUACCGCCAAACGUCCUGA